AUGGGAAAUAGCCCGUCUAAAGAUGAACCCCUACCGAAGUCGUCAUCCUCAUCAAAUGCAAACCAUGAAGGAAACUCCAACUCAGGUACCAGUGGAAGUACCGACUUAGACCCUGAUGAGAUGGCCCUGGCGCUAUCUCAACUAAAUAUUAACAAACAAAAGCAAAAACUAUCUAAGCAUCAUCAACAGAAGAGUGCACCAUCUUUUGCUACAGCAGUGAAGAGUGAGCAUGCUACAUCUCCUGCUAUUGAAAUCAAAGAUAAGGAGAAGAAGCGUCGCGAUAGCACCAGCAGCGGUAGCAGUCAGUACUUGCAUGUCCCGGAAACUCAUCAGAAAGGAGCAGGCAGUGCACUACACCACUCCCCUAGCAAAGCUGGCUCCAAACCACCUGGAAAGAUGUCGUCAUCAUCAUCAUUACCAUUAGCUGCUACGUAUGAAGUGUACCCUGCCAAUCAAGACUUUGAUUUGGAAAUUGGUCUUUCGAUGGCGAAACUCCUUAAAAAUCAACACGAUGUUGCGUCUUCGGUUGAGUCAUCGGUGGAAUCACUGGACAUUUCGGUUGCAUCGCCAGUUUUCACAACAUCAGGUAAUGAUUUAAAAGAAGAUGACCUGCUUCUGUCUUCUAGCUCAAGUCCAAACACCUAUAUGGCAACCAAGAGCUUAGCAAAUAUUGAAGGUUCUUCUCCAUUAGUGUCAAAAUUGGAUUCAAUUGCAGAAAGCAGAUCGUUGGAAUCUUCACCGGAGCCAAGAGUACUUUCACAAGAGAAUUUAGAGAAAUUAGAAACGGUAACGUUGGCCGCGUCAAAGGGACAACAACAACAACAACAACGGCCACCACCACUACAGUCAAGUAGCUCAACUUCAUUAUCAAGCUCACCCCCAUUGAUUCCAACAUCCAACAAGAAGUUGCCAAUCGAUAUUGAUAGUGUCAUUGAACGGUUAUUAUCAACCAAGAAACGUUCAACAUCUCGUAGGGCCAAAGAUGCAUUGCGUGUCGAUACUGAAGAGAUUAAAUAUAUUUUGGGCAAAAGUAGACAAAUCUUUUUGGAACAACCAAAUUUGUUGCGCUUAUCACCGCCGGUUAAAGUUGUUGGUGAUAUACAUGGACAAUUUCAUGAUCUCAUUCGUAUUUUCAAUUGUUGUGGUUACCCACCAUAUUCAAAUUAUCUAUUUAUGGGUGAUUACGUUGAUCGUGGGGAAAAAUCAUUGGAGACAAUUUUAUUACUUCUUUGCUUCAAGAUCAAGUAUCCUGAAAAUUUCUUUAUGUUGAGGGGAAACCACGAGUCAGCAAAUAUUACUAAGAUUUAUGGAUUUUACGACGAAUGCAAGAGAAGAUUGAAGAAUCCACGCAUGUGGAAGAAUUUUGUUGAUGUGUUUAAUACCUUACCAGUGGCGGCAACAAUCAAUGACAAGAUUUUCUGUGUUCAUGGAGGGUUAUCACCCGAGUUGCAAGAUUUAUCCCAGAUUGAAAACAUCAAGAGACCAACUGACGUUCCCGAUAAGGGACUCUUGGCUGAUUUGUUGUGGUCAGAUCCUGAUCCACUGAUUAAGAACUUUUCCAUGAAUAAUUGGCCCAAGAAUGAUCGUGGGGUUUCGUAUUGUUUUGGAAAGAAACAUGUUGAUCAUUUUUGCUCCAAAUUCAAAUUGGACCUUAUUGUUCGAGGCCAUAUGGUUGUUGAAGAUGGUUAUGAAUUCUUCAACAAGAGGAAACUUGUCACUGUGUUUAGUGCUCCCAAUUAUUGUGGUGAGUUUAACAAUUUUGGAGCAAUCAUGAGUGUCAAUAAGCAUUUGUACUGCUCGUUUGAAUUGAUCAAGCCAACUUAG